UUGCAGCGAGUCGGUCCAUGUAUAAGUAUUGUGGCCAGUCAGUGUAGGGCUUCUGCGUUAGGAGAUAGCACUCCCAGUAAACGAUGGCACAGCUAAUCACAUCGCAGUGACAACUCUCAAACAUGCGGUCUUUGGACAAUAUUUCAAACUCAAAUCACAAUGGGUCGGUCCACAGAACAAGACAGAAUUAUUUGAACGGUGCCUUGUAAUCUUUUCUGGAAUUAGUGAUAAAGAAUUUGGAUGUGAAAUUUGUGAAUAAUUCAUCUUUUUAAAGACAGAUUAUUGAACUUUGGUGUUUCUACUGGAAUGAUUAAUGAAAAAAAAAGAAACAAUUUUACAUUUAUUUGUCCAACUGGCAUUUAAGGAUACAAAUGUAUUUAAAUUGACAAUCUGUUCAGCAAAAUAACACACAAAUUAUUACGAACUGGUUUACUUCUCUUUUGAAAAGAGAUUUUAAAUAAUAUGAAAUCAGUUGCUCCUGUCCAUUCAUGCCCUUGAUGACAACAACAGUGCCUUGUGGUGAGGUUGGGAUCUGACCACUGGUCAGCUAUGCUACAUGAGCAGGAAUAAUACUGGAAGUUAGCUGAUCUGGACUGCAGCGUUUCUUGAUUUGGUGACACAGAGCUGGAUACGUAAGACGGAGAAAUUCCUCCAGGGAUCUGUUCAACUCAAGAUAUCAGAAAGUAAUUAAAUAUCUGCUCGUUACCGACCAGACUGCAACUUAUACGGCUGAGCUUCAUUUCAUUCCUGAUGAAGAUAUGUUUACACUAGCUUGAUAAGUGGAUUGAAAAUGUGUGUACAACGCAAUUACUUAGAAAAAUUGUCUAACAUUUAUUCAUUGCCUGUGAUUAUAACAAAGAAGCAUUUUUUGUAAUUACAGAUAUUUAAAAUAAUUGGUGAUUCUAAGGCAAAACAUAUAUUAAAUAAGUUCUGACAACACUCCCAGCUCUAAACUUAAUAUUUAAAGAAAAAAAAAGUUGAAAUAAAUUCAGACCGGUGCCAUGGAUUUUUUUAAUGUAUCCAUGAACAUGUCUGAGUUGCACGACAACCUGACAAACUCGUCCAAUGAGCGAGCAGGUCCGUCAGCCACUGCCCUUCACGUGGGUGCGACCGUCAUGCUGUUUGCCCUCAUGUGGGGGGUGUUUGCCAACGUGUUGACAAUGAUCGUCAUCCUCACAGAACGGGACCUCAAGAACAUCACCAACAUCUUCAUCGUGAGCCUGUGCAUCAAUGACAUUCUGAAUCUGGGCAUCAACAACCUGCUGGUGCUCGUGUCCUACUUCAUGAUGACCUGGGCCACAGGCUCCGUGGUGUGUGAGAUGGUCACCCACCUCUCGGUCCUCCUCAUGGGCUCAUCACUGUGGCACACUGGACUUGUCGCCAUCCAUCGGCUCAUCGUGGUUGUGUUCAAUCCGUUUUACAAGAAGAUUUCCAAGAAUGCAUACACUGUGUUUGUGCUAGUGUUUGCCCGAGUAGUGCCACUCCUCUUCUUAAUUCAGCCAUCUCUUGGAUACAUGUCCCAGUACGAACCAAAGCUUCUGCGCUGCAUCAUCAAAAAAGGAUUUGGGUUGUAUACCAUGUUUGUCAGUGUCGCACUGAUGAUGCUGCCAUCGUUGAUUUUAAUUGUGUGCUACAUUGCUAUUUUUGUUAAGGUCCAUCAUUCUUCAAGUGCUUUUCGUACCAGUCGCAAGCGGGAGUGGCUUCGGCGAGAAAUUCAAAUUACCAAGAUGUUUGGAAUGGUGUUCUUGUUAAUCAUCAUUGGAUAUUUACCAUACGGCAUUGUGCGUAGCAUCGACAAAGGACUCAACUUCAGUGCCGACUUCUAUGUUGCCAUUACUGUGUUUUUUGCUGUUGCAAAUAGCUGUAAUCCAAUCAUUUAUGGUGUGAUGGAUCGCAAAAUUCGGCGGGCUUGCUUCCGUGCUCUUGGACUGGAAGAGCGCUGCCUGACAGCAGAGGAGAAAUCCAAGAUGAGAAAGAGUUCAAUUAAAUCCAAUGGUGAAAGUCAGGCAGUAAGUGAAGCCAGAACUGAAGCUGUGCCUCUCAACUCUCAGACCACUAAAAAGUAACUAGUGCUGUAACUGAAUCCAUAUCGGAUGUGGUCUUACUCAACUUUCAGAUCACUAAAAAGUAACUAGUGGUUUAACUGAAUCCAUACCAGAAGUGGUCUUUCUCAACUCUCGUACCACUAAAAAGUAGCCAGUGCUGUAACAAGCCAUAACGGAAAUGAUCUUUCUGAACUCUAAAGCACUCAAAAGAAACUAGUGCUGUAAAUGAAGCCAUAGCGGAUGUGGUCUUUCUCAACUCUCGGAGCACUAAAAAGGAACCUGUGGUUUAUGUCAAGCCAAAGCCAAACCUGCUUUUCUCACAACUAGUGAACAAUAAUGGUUAAGUGAAGCCAGACCUCGAGAGUCAUGUUUCACAAUAUGCAGAGCACUAAAAUUUAACUAACUGCCUGAUCUGGAUCAAGCUUUGUUUCACCAUUUCCACAGCACUUUGAUGUUAUUAACUGUUACAAGUGAAGCCAUGCAGAGCUAGAACUGAAGAGGUGGUCGUCAUUUCAGAACUAGUACCAUGUGAACACAUGGCUGCAAAAUGUAUACAAAUGCCAAUGACUUGAGUGAUAGAAGUCGCUCAAUGGUAAAGGAUAUUAGAUGGUUAUCAUUAACAAUAAAAUAUCUGAUAGUGUUUACAUAACUAAAUAUUUUAGUUUUCAUGACACAAGACACAAUUCAUACUUUUUACUCUUGCAUACACUGAUUAUUGAAUGUAAUUUUUAAUGUAUCGGAUUAUACCCAAAACAAUUUACAUAACCAACUAUAGAGCUAGUGUAUUCAGUAGUAUUUCAACCACAUUUCUAGAGUCUAUAAUGAUAAUUACACUGUCUAUCAUUGUUAAAUUGUGAUGCAUAUAAAUUCUAAUGAUCUUGCACCAUAAUUACAGUAGACUUUUAAAGAUAUACAAACAUAUCUGGUAUAGUAGAUACCAUGUAUAGUACACUAUCAGUUUAAACAAUAAAAAGUAAACACAAUUUACAGUACAAAUAUGGUUGCAUUUACAUGUAUGUAUAUAACUGUGAUAUAUCCAUGUUUGUGCUUAUUUAUGUUGAAGUACACAAUAAAGUGGUUAUCAUUA